AUGAUCGCGCCUCGUAGCCCGCACCAAGGCGGACUAUGGGAGUCUGCGGUAAAGGCUGGAAAAUCGUUAUUAAUGAAGUCCAUUGGGACUCAAAUACUUUCGUUGAUGGAAUUAUCAACCAUCUUAUGCAAAAUCGAAGCGAUACUUAAUUCGCGUCCGUUGUCAUAUAGAGUGACUAAUGAAUUCGUAGAACCUGUAACUCCAGGUCAUUUCCUAGUUGGGUCGGCGUUGUUGGAAACGCCAGUGCUGGACAAUGGCUCAGUCACCUUAAAGCAACGUUAUAUGCUGUGGCGAAGGAUUGUAGAUUCUUUCUGGGUGUCCUGGAGACACGAUUAUCUAAACCAGCUACAGCAGCGUGGUAAAUGGAAAGAGCGUAUGGAAAAUGUGUCGAAAGGUGACGUUGUGUUGGUGUCUAGUCCAAAUGAUAGCGUGAUGAAUUGGCCAAUGGGUAGAAUCAUUGAUGUUUUUCCAGAUAAAAAGGGUAUUGUUCGAAACGUGAGCGUGAGGUUAGGGAAUGGUACAGUGCGUCGUACAUCUGUACAGAAAUUGGUAGCUUUGCCAGUAGAUGUUUCAAAGGAUGAUUAG